CGCAACCACGUUGUGAAAGUCUUUGGAGAGGACUCCUAACAACGUCUACUGUACAAGGCAACAUACAUAGAGUUUAAUCUUAAAUUGGGCUAUUAUCGAAAUACAAAGUCAAAUCGGAAACCACACAGACUAUAAUUAGCCAUGCAAAGUUUUAUUUCCAACAACACCCAACACAAUACAACAUCCCCGACUGAAAACUGGACUUCAGUGUACUCAAUAGUGCGAUGGAUUCAACUGGUCAUGGCAAUUCUGAGCAUGCUGGGUGCCGGCUCUAUAAUUCUGUACACAUUUUUCCAAAAUCUGAUGAGAAAACCUGAGGUGAAGCCCUUGGUCCUGCUGAGUGUGACCGACCUACUGCUGGCCCUGAGCUGGCUCACCGGGGCCUUUCUCUUCAGCCAGGGCUGUGAGAGCAGUGCCACCUGCUACAACCUCCACACGGUGGAACAGAUGUUGUACAUGGCAUCAUUCUUCUACACUCUAAACUACGUGGGUGCCCUGUAUACUGGCCUAAAGGAAAAGUAUCGCAGGCGAAUAAAUGGCUUUCCUGCACAGAGUGCAGCCAGUACAAGCUCAUUCGGCAUCAUGACUGCUAUUGUUUCAUGCGUGCUGCCUGUCCUGCUAACAGCUCCAGUGUUCGUCACUGGCAACAUGAAGCGCUGUUACACAAACCAUACCAAACCCUACAGGUGUCUGCUGAUGCACACCGACGCGCUCUACCUGAGCUCUGGGCUGGAGGGGGAGGACGUGGCGGCUGCCUGCAAGUUCACCCGCAUCUACAGCACUGCCAUGUUCCUCGCUACGUUCUUCUUCACACUGCUGGGCAUCGUGGUGCUGAUGGCCAAAGCUCGUUCCCUGUACAGGCGCUUUGUAACUUGUCACGGUUUCCUUGGUGACCAGCAGUGGGCCACUCUGCGUGUCCUAAAGGGCCGCAUGGUCCUCUACCCCUCUGCAUUCUUCUGCUGCUGGGGCCCAGCAACAUUCUUGGCCACCAUGAUGCUUAUUAAGCCAGACGCUGUAGAAGGUGGCGUGGGAGUCUUCCUCUACAUCGUACAGGCCUGUACCUCCGCCUCUCAGGGCCUGCUGAACUGUCUGGUGUAUGGCUGGACGCAGAAGCACUUCCGCUCCCUGGGCACUACGACCAGGCGGGACGCAGACACCCAGACUCCCCUCUUGCGCUCACAGAAGAGGAGAGAUUACUCUGCCCUGUGCAGUGUGGACCGCUUCCAGGGUGUGUGAGACCACUGACAACACGUCCGUGUGACUGAAAGGAAAGGUACUCCCAGCCAGUGGUCUGUCAUUCUGACAUAACAGCAGUAGCAAUGCUGUUGUCUAACUCCGGUGUAGACAGCCAUUCCACAUGUGGAGAAAAUAGGACUGUUUAAAGCUAUGUGAAGCUAUGUGCUGUUGAGUAAAAGGUGCCGUUCGUGUCUCUGGGGGCACAACUGGGUCCCUGUGGUGAUGUUGCACAGCCGAAGAUAGAGGCAGCUGCCGAGAGCUCGUUUUCACUCACAGCUGUCUCAAGCAGUUUAAACUGCCCGACUGCCAUAGCAAAACUUCAGCAAUUAUAAGUUCAGAGAGAAGGACCAGUCAGAGUGUAAAAAGGGGGAAAACCACAGACAGCCACAGACAAACACACACACACACACACACACACACACACACACACACACACACACACACACACACAAAGGGAAAUUCUGUCUUAAAUGAACUGAGAAAGGGUAAAUCUCUCAGCUGCUGCUGAACGUUAAUGUUGCACUCAGUGUUAGUCUUAAAUGUGUAUUAAUGUAAAUUGCACAUACUUCAUGCAGUUGUACAUACUUACAUGGUGUAAGUUGAAAUGUUGUCAAUUUUGUAUGGUGUUAUAUGAACUAAUUGUUCAUGUUGCUUUGUUUAUUUGUUAAUGUUUUUUAGAAACACAUUUUGCACAAAGAAAUUGGCAUUCUAUGAUGUAAAUACAGAGCAUUGAAUUCAUUGUGUUAAUGUAUUUGAAAUGUGUGUAUGUUUUUGUUAGUUUGUACUCCACUUGACUACCAAAAUAAACAGAUUUUUACAACA